CCAUAUUCCAAGCCUACCCCCACUCUCCAGCUGUAGACGGAAUCGCAGACCAUGGUUCUCGGCAGACUCACCCACUAUGCCUUUGACGCCGUAUUGAUCUCCGCCUUCCUAGCAGGCAUCCGCCGCUCCACGGGCCUUACACCCAGUAUCAAAGCAGAUACCUUCAAAGACCAACCCACCAUCCAAAAGGCCAUCGAGAACUAUCUCUGGGUCGGCGAGUGGUCCAUGGACAUGGGCGUCGCCGUCUUCUCCAAUUCCCCGUGGUUCGAGCGCAAGCGCUGAGACAGCGAGACCGGCAACAAUACAGGAUAGCGAGGAAUCGUUGGAUAGGAUAUAGGACAUCCGAGGAGGGUCAUCAUGACGGAGGGAUAUCGCUGAACGUGUCUUGAGCGCACGUUCCAGUUUUCUACAGGCUUAUGACUUGGGAUAGCCGCGAGCACAGGCGCCGGCGUUCAGGAGUCUGGCUUCAGCAGCAUGGUUGCGUUGUUUAGGGAGAUAUCGUGCGGAUUGACUUUAGAGCGUCGGAGGAAUGUUGUCAGACUAGCAAGACGGGAAAUGCCGUGUCGGGAGAAAUCACGUCGUGGACGAGGACAGCUGCCUGUUCGUGAAAUACCAAUGUUUACUCA